CCUGGCAUGGCGGCCGUAGCGAGGACUAUGCGCUGAGCUCCGCUGAUUCAAACCUCUUCAGCUUCGUACGGUGUAUCCGGCCGGCUCCAUGGCGGAGAGAGGCUUCGAGCUGUCAGCCCUCCCGAAGGAGGUGAGGGAACAGCUGGCCGAGCUGGAGCUGGAGCUGUCAGAAGGAGAUAUUACGCAGAAGGGCUAUGAAAAGAAAAGGGCAAAAGUCCUGGGUCCUUAUAUCCCUCAAACCCAAGCGGUUGAUCCAGCCCUGCAGAAAGACCAUCGAAACCAAACAAGUGGAUCACCUGCUGGCCCUGCACAGUCAUCCUCCAAAUAUCAUAGAGCCAGAUCCGGAGGUGCUAGAGAUGAACGGUAUCGCUCAGAUAUCCAUACAGAAGCAGUCCAGGCUGCGUUGGCAAAGCAUAAAGAACAGAAGAUGGCUUUGCCUAUGCCAACCAAAAGGAGGUCAACCUUUGUGCAGUCUCCUGCAGAUGCGUGCACUCCUCCAGACACGUCAUCUGCCUCUGAAGAUGAAGGCUCUCUAAGACGACAGGCCGCCCUUUCUGCUGUACUCAAUCAAAGUUUACAGAAUACGGAUUCCUGGAUUAAUAAGUCUAUUCAGGGCUCCUCUACGUCAUCUUCAGCAUCAUCUACAUUGUCCCACGGGGAUGUUAAGAGCACCAGUGGAUCCUUAGCCGAUGUCCUUGCCAAUACUCACCUAGAAAGUCUGUUGGCUCCUCCUGAUGUCACGAGCACCACAAACACAACCACAUCCUCGUCAUCCUCCUCAUCCUUGUCCUCUGUACGCCCAGCAAGUAUUGACCUGCCACCCACAGCGCUGGUAAAGGGGGUUCACAAAGCAGCAAGAAGGUCCAGCCUUAUGGACACUGCAGACGGGGUGGCAGUCAGUAGCCGAGUAUCUACAAAGAUCCAACAGCUCCUGAAUACACUGAAGCGACCAAAAAGACCACCGUUAAAAGAAUUCUUCGUGGAUGAUUUUGAAGAGAUUGUGGAAGUUCCUAGGCCGGAUCCUAACCAACCAAAACCAGAAGGUCGCCAGAUGACCCCUGUGAAAGGAGAGCCGCUGGGAGUGGUGUGUAAUUGGCCACCGUCCGUUGAAGCAGCUUUGCAGCGCUGGGGAACAACACAAGCAAAAUGUUCAUGUCUCACCGCCCUAGAUGUGACUGGGAAACCUGUCUAUGCACUAACAUACGGGAAAUUGUGGACCAGAAGUGUGAGACUGGCUUACACCCUUCUUAACAAAUUGGGGACCAAAAAUGAGCAGGGACUGAAACCAGGCGAUAGGGUGGCCCUGGUUUAUCCCAAUAAUGAUCCAGUCAUGUUUAUGGUUGCUUUUUACGGCUGUCUCCUGGCAGAAGUCAUUCCAGUGCCGAUUGAGGUACCUCUUACUAGAAAGGAUGCUGGAGGGCAUCAGAUUGGGUUCCUGCUGGGAAGCUGUGGUGUGAAGCUUGCUCUUACCACUGAGGUUUGCCUGAAAGGACUGCCAAAAACACAGAAUGGGGAAAUUGUGCAAUUCAAAGGGUGGCCAAAGCUGAAGUGGGUUGUGACUGAUUCCAGAUAUCUGACCAAGGCACCAAAGGACUGGCAACCACACAUCACAGUAGCUGGCACGGAGCCUGCAUAUAUUGAGUAUAAAACCAGUAAAGAAGGCAGCGUGAUGGGGGUGGCAGUUUCCCGAAUAGCAAUGCUUUCUCAUUGUCAAGCUCUUUCUCAGUCUUGUAAUUACACAGAAGGAGAAACCAUGAUAAAUGUCCUCGAUUUUAAAAGGGAUGCUGGUCUCUGGCAUGGCAUACUAACGAAUGUAGUAAACAAGAUGCACACAGUCAGUGUUCCAUACUCUGUGAUGAAAGCGUGUCCCUUAUCUUGGGUGCAAAGAGUCCAUGCAAAUAAAGCCAGGGUUGCAGUAGUGAAGUGCAGGGACUUGCACUGGGCUAUGAUUGCACACCGAGAACAGAAGGAUAUCAGUUUGGCAUCACUUCGCAUGCUCAUUGUAACAGAUGGAGCCAAUCCAUGGUCUGUUUCAUCUUGUGAUGCUUUCCUAAGUUUGUUUCAAAAUUAUGGUCUUAAACCUGAAGCGAUUUGUCCAUGUGCCACGUCUCCAGAAGCCAUGACUGUAGCCAUCCGAAGACCUGGGAUUCCUGGGGCUCCACUGCCUGGAAGAGCUAUUUUGUCCAUGAGUGGGUUAAGUUAUGGCGUUAUCCGUGUAAAUACUGAAGACAAGAACUCUGCACUAACGGUUCAAGAUGUCGGACACGUGAUGCCUGGAGGGGUCAUGUGUAUUGUAAAGCCAGAAGCCCUGCCGCAGUUAUGUAAAACGGAUGAGAUUGGAGAAAUCUGUGUGAGUUACAAAGGAAGCGGGAUAAGUUAUUAUGGAUUGUCAGGAGUGACAAAGAAUACGUUUGAGGUCUUACCAGUUGGUGCCACUGGAACCCCGAUUGGGGAAACGCCGUUUACCAGAACUGGCUUAUUGGGCUUUGUAGGACCUGGGAACCUUGUAUUUGUGGUUGGAAAAAUGGAUGGGACGUUGUUGGUUAGCGGAAGGCGGCACAAUGCAGACGAUAUUGUAGCAACAGCAUUAGCCGUGGAAUCACUUAAAACCUUGUACAGAGGAAGGAUUGCUGUGUUUUCUGUCACGGUGUUCUAUGAUGAACGCAUUGUGGUGGUGGCAGAGCAGCGACCUGAUGCCUCUGAGGAGGAUUCCUUCCAGUGGAUGAGUCGUGUGCUGCAGGCCAUUGAUAGUAUCCACCAAGUGGGAGUUUACUGCCUUGCCCUUGUUCCUGCAAACACAUUGCCAAAAACUCCACUUGGAGGAAUCCACUUAUCUCAAACAAAACAGCACUUUUUGGAAGGCAACUUACAUCCAUGUAAUAUACUCAUGUGUCCACACACGUGUGUGACCAACUUGCCAAAGCCAAGGCAGAAACAGCCAGGAGUAGGCCCAGCAUCUGUUAUGGUCGGCAAUCUGGUUGCAGGGAAGAGAAUUGCUCAGGCAUCAGGGAGAGAUCUUGGACAGAUAGAAGAAAAUGAUUUGGUGAAAAAGCACCAAUAUUUGUCUGAAAUCCUUCAAUGGAGAGCACAAUCCACACCUGAGCACAUUCUCUUCAUACUACUCAAUGCAAAGGGAACGGCCAUUUGUACUGCGUCCUGUUUACAGCUUCAUAAGAGAGCGGAGAGAAUAGCAGCCACCCUGGUGGAUAAAGGGCAUCUAAAUGCUGGGGAUAACGUGGUACUUCUCUAUCCUCCUGGCAUUGAACUGAUAGCUGCGUUUUAUGGCUGUCUAUAUGCUGGUUGCAUUCCCGUUACAGUCCGGCCGCCUCACGCCCAGAACCUCUCGGCCACCUUACCCACAGUACGGAUGAUUGUAGAUGUAAGUAAAGCUUCUUGCAUUCUCACAACACAAACCUUAUUGAGAUUGCUAAAGUCCAAAGAGGCAGCAGCUGCGGUGGAUGUGAAAACCUGGCCAACCAUCAUAGAAACAGAUGACUUGCCCAGAAAGCGAUUACCUCAGAUAUAUAAACCACCUACACCGGAAAUGUUGGCCUACCUUGAUUUCAGUGUUAGCACCACUGGCAUGCUCACAGGGGUGAAGAUGUCCCAUGGAUCUGUAAAUGCACUUUGCCGGGCGAUAAAAUUACAGUGUGAGCUGUACUCUACACGCCAGAUUGCCAUAUGUCUGGAUCCUUAUUGUGGACUUGGUUUUGUACUUUGGUGCCUUUGCAGUGUUUACUCUGGUCACCAGUCUAUAUUAAUUCCUCCUAUGGAGUUGGAAUCCAACUUAUUCCUUUGGCUGUCUGCUGUAAGUCAGUACAAGAUUAGAGACACAUUCUGUUCCUAUUCUGUAAUGGAAAUGUGCUCAAAAGGCCUUGGGAGCCAGAUUGAGGUCCUGAAGACAAGAGGAAUAAAUCUGUCUUAUGUACGGACUUGUGUUGCGGUGGCAGAAGAACGUCCAAGAGUUGCUCUCACGUAUUCCUUUUCAAAACUUUUCAAAGACCUUGGUCUGUCUCCACGUGCUGUCAGUACUACCUUUGGAUCAAGAGUCAAUACUGCAAUAUGUUUACAGGGAACCUCAGGGCCGGAUCCUACAACAGUGUAUGUGGAUCUCAAAUCCCUUCGGCAUGACAGGGUACGCUUAGUGGAGAGAGGGUCUCCUCAGAGUUUGCUUCUCCUGGAGUCUGGAAAGAUUUUACCUGGAGUCACAGUGAUUAUUGUUAAUCCUGAGACCAAAGGACCCCUGGGAGAUUCUCAUCUUGGUGAGAUAUGGGUGAAUAGUCCGCACACGGCCAGUGGAUACUACACUAUAUAUGACAGUGAAACUCUGCAGGCUGAUCACUUUAACACCAAACUCAGCUUUGGAGACACCCAGACACUUUGGGCAAAAACUGGAUACCUUGGCUUUGUCCGUAGAACAGAACUGACGGAUGCGAGUGGAGAACGGCAUGAUGCCUUAUUUGUUGUUGGAGCACUGGAUGAGACACUGGAGCUGCGGGGACUGCGAUACCAUCCUAUUGACAUUGAGACCUCAGUGUCGCGCACGCACCGAAGCAUUGCUGAGUGUGCUGUGUUCACAUGGACCAACCUGUUGGUGGUGGUUGUUGAGCUCUGUGGUUCUGAACAAGAAGCUCUGGACCUGGUUCCUCUUGUGACCAACGUUGUGCUGGAAGAACAUUACUUGAUUGUGGGAGUGGUGGUGGUGGUAGAUCCUGGAGUCAUUCCCAUCAACUCUCGAGGGGAGAAACAACGGAUGCAUCUACGGGACAGUUUCUUAGCGGAUCAUCUAGAUCCGAUCUAUGUUGCAUACAACAUGUAAAGACUUUACCUUAACCACUCAAGACGUUCCACCGGGUUAUUAUUUUUGUCAAAAUUUCAUGUAAAAAUUCCAAUGCUUGAUAAUAGUUUUAAAACGUGUGUUAUCUUUUUAGCAUAACCUCUAGUAGAUCAUGGCCUGCAUUAUUUUACGAAAGGGAACACUGUGCUACGGUAGUAUUAAAAAGCGAGUCACUGGACGUUAACUGUAUCUUAGCUACAGAACUGUUGGUGGGGGUACGGCAUUUGUGGUGCCAGCACAUAGUGGGCACCCUGCAUGUACGUUUACCUAGUUCUUCAGUGGAGAGUUAUUUAAUUUUGAAAGGAUUUUUUUUUUAAAUCCUUCCUAUUUGCAGCGGUAGCUUUGUUUUGUCUUAACUAAAUUAAAAUUCAGUAGUAAAACUGCUUCUUCAUAAUGGUGCCAUGAGUGCCCUGCUUCAGUGGCACAGAGCUCACAGUCUGCUGAGCCUAGAUGCCACCAGAGUGGGGCACUCAAAAGAAAAAAAAAAAAAGACUGUGUAGGAUUUAGAUUUUCCAUUUAGGUAGGUAGGUCUUAAAUGUAAAAUAUUCUGCCUAUAUUUUAAAUAUGUAAAUAUUAAUAUAACAAUUCUCAACAUUCAGAUCCGCUUGUGGUAAAUAUGGAGGUGAUGUUGAAUUGUUCUGUUGCAGUCGCAGAGGGUUUAGCAUUUUUACUAGUUUUUUAGAGCGCAGGGGGCAUGCCAGCUGUAGCUUACCAGCCGAACGACCAGGCUAGCCCUUGUUCACACGCUGCAGUGAAGCUCACGUUUGCCCGUCCCUGUUAUAGACAAUGCAAGUGAUAGAACGAUUGUCCUGAUCCAUACAGAAGUAUUUUGUUGCCUACAAAUAUAUGUCGUUAAUUAUAUGCUGAAUGUUUUAAUGAAUUUGUCUUUGGGAAAUUUGCUAACUUACUCAACUGUAUUGCCAGCAGGUAGAAAACAGAACUGAAUAUCGAUGCACUUUUACAUUACUGCCUUCUUUCCAUUGCGGCAAGAGAGUAUGCGAUUCUCUUCAAUGGCUGAAUAACGUCUGUGAUCUGGAGUGAAUUCGUUCAUACCCAGCUUCUCAUAUACUCCACAGUCAUAUACGCGCUCUGCUCCCAAGACCAUUCUCAGUGGUGAAACGUAAUUUAGCUUGGAACUGUCUGUCGCCUUGACUGCACAUCAUGUUGGCGACUAGAACAGUCGUUUUUUUUCUAGUUAUGCUGUGGUGACUACUGCUUGUAAAGUUAUUGUCGGCUGUCAUCAAUGGUUACACAUGUAUUUCGUAUUCUACUCACUUGCCAGAAAGCAGUAUCCAAGCUUAGGAGUAGCACCUAGCACGUUCAAGUGAUUCCAAGUCUAACAGUACAGUAGAUCUACUGGGCCACAUGGCGCAUCGACCUACGUGAUCGGCAGCCAGGCGUGCAGCCUCUGAGCAGGGAGGAGGGUAUGUCGUGAGGAGUUCCCCUUGGCACCUAACCUGGGCAUAUAUGUAAUCAUUGACCACACAUGUUGUUAGCGCACUGUAAAGCAUUACUCCAUACAGCAGUAUGUUUUCCCAUACGAAUGUCUGUGACUUGGUCAUAUUUACUAGGUUAUAACUAAUGUCCUGGUCCCCACCUAGGGUGUCAUAUUUCUCCAGUAAGCGUAAAGCCAACAUUUUACUGUGCACGCUUUGUCUCUCUGGUCAUUAGGUAUUUUCUUUUAUAUCAUUAUUACAUACAGUUACGUUUUUGGAUGUGAUUAGUGAAUUGGGCCACAAAAAAAAAAAAAAAAAAGCUGUGAAUCCUAAACAAUACUUACAUAUGUAAAGAAGUCCUGUCAUGUUUGAACAAGGGGCUGUCCAGGAUUUGAGAAACAUGGCUGCUCUCUUCCAGAAAUAGCGCCAUAACUGCCUAUGAGUUGUAUCUUUGCUUUUCCCAAGUGUAUGGGGCUGAGCUGUAAUACCAGAGGCAACCUAAGGACAAGUAUAGAGCUAUCUUAAGGAGAAAACAGCCAUGUUUAUUCUAAUUUUGAGUACCCCUUUAAACCAUACCUAUAGUUAUAUUGUAGAAAAGGGGAGAAUAUAUGAAACGUUGUCAUCUUAUUAGGGGAUCCUCAUCACCUUCCAGCAGUCUGCAGAUCCCCUUUCCCUGCCGGCAAGAUCUCUCACUCACCAAAAGCUGGUCUUCAGUAAGUGAUAUGUAUGGGGGUCUCUAGACAGAUGCCAGGGAAAACAAAGAUAAGGCAUUUGAAAUCAAAUAGCUCAGGAGAUCCAGGGUGAUCUCACAGGAUUGAUAGAAGCCAUUAGAUUUGGUUUUCUUGAACAUGACAGACCUUCCUUAUCUCUCCAAAGAUGAGAGCACAUGGUUUUAUUCUGAUGCAUGAUUGCGAGCUAUAACCCAUGUAUUAGUCUCCAUACUCGAGUCAUGCAUUCCAAUGGCGAAUAUUUUUUUUAUAUUGUGAGAGUCAUUCCACUCAUUAGGUAUAAACCAAAGUCUUGUGGUGUUCGAUCAUUGGUGAUCAGGUAGAUGAUCAAAGCUGCCCACAGAUAUUAGAUUGUUUGUCAGAUCCUAGCUGCAAUCUAAUUAUUGAGACUGGACCUUCCAUUGACAUUAGGAAAAAGAAAACCAACGCAGUGAAUUUUUUUAUCAGAGAUAAGUGGUAUCAAUAGUGUCUGGCACCCGCUCGUCUUGCAUGCACAUUCAUAUGGGCCAAGACAUACACGUUAGGGGUGUCUUUUAUGUCUACGGUCAGCUAAAUGAUAAAACAUCACAAAUGCAUUGUUAGAAUUUCACAGAGGCCACAAUCCAAAUGCCAUUCAUGCGAAUGAAACCAUUUGCUUUGCCAAUAUGGUAACGACACUGAUCUACAUUAUAAUCACACACACACACAUGUGAAAGAGAGGAGGGGGCCUUGUUUGCACAUAGCUAAGGACCUAAGGAGUGAAUGUACAUGAAAACUUGAGGACCACGUAAGGUGGAAUGAUUUGCACAAGCUCAAAGAUUUUUAUAAAAUAUAUUUGAAAGUUCCACAGCUCAUCUAUUUUUCUUAUCACCACAUACUGUAAUCUCUGGGGGGGUUGGUAGGGGAAGGAGUCCUAUUUUAGGCAGCAUUUAGGAUGCAGGUUUUUAACAGUUGAACAUAUUACUUUUUCUGUACAUCAUGCCGAGGAUACAUUCUCCUCCUGACUGUUUUUAGGCACCAAUAAAUUCUCUGUUGUCUUUAGUAAAUUAUUGUAUCUCACCGUCAUACUAUUGUAGCAGGUUCGUCAGCUCUGAGAUCAUUGGAUUUUCUUUUUUUGUGUUUUAUAGUAAAUUACAGAUAAAUACUCCAGUGGGUUACAGUGUUUCAAAACUACCUUGUAAAUAAAUGGAGCAUAGCAAUUAUUUCGAAUAUUACAAUAUACACGGAUGUGGUUUGAUUCUUACCUGUUUUAUCUGUUGCUUGUUUACACGUACACACAGGCCUUUUUAUAUCCUGGAUAGGUUAUGACUGGACCAGACCUUACUGAUAUCUACAUGUAGCAAAGAAUGCAAUUUAAAAUUUUAGGACACCUUCGGGCAAUGUUUUUUAUUAUUGUAUUUUUACUCAUUUUGGAUUAAAAAACAUUUUUCAACUGGUCUUUAUUAAAAAAGUUCUGCCAUUUUUGAGAUAGAGGGAUUUAAAUCAUGCUUGCAGUCUGUCUCCUCAGCUGACCGUUCAUGUAAAGCCUUAUCUCUGAUCUCCUGACCUUUAGAAAUACUCAUUAUAGCUAAACUCUUAUCAAACUGAUAAAAAUAUGUCUUAAGGUCCCUUUAGACCAGGGGUGCACAACCUGUGGCCACAUGCGUCCCUUGAUACCAUUAGAUGGGAGUCCUGGAGGUGUAACUAGACAUUAAUGGUAUAUACAGUGUGUCCAAUAUGCCAUAAAUACAGUAUUUCUGUUUUUAAUACCCCUUUAAACUUUAUUUUCGGCCCUCAUCAUUGGUUCAAUCUGGCAAUGUGGCCCCCAACCAGAAAACGUUGUGCACCUCUGCUUUAGACGGACGAUACAGCAGGCGAUUAUUGGGAAGGACGUGUUCCUUCCCAGCAAUCGCCUGCUCGUCAGCUGAGGAGACCGAUGCAUUUACAUGCAGCAAUCUCCUCCACGGUUUUUGUAUCCGCACAAAUGAUCUAUUAUCCGAUGAACAAGGAUUUUGCUCGUUCAUCGGGUAAUCUGCAGCACCUUUACACCGCCAACGAGUGUUCCUAUGAACACUCGUUAGCAAUUAUCUGGCACAUUCUCCGUGUAAAGGGCCCAUUAAAUGAGCGUUUAUUAAGUCAAGAGAUCAGAAAUAAGGCUUCACAUGAGCCAUCAGCUGAAAGGACUGAGAAGUUUCUCUGUAAACAGACAGAUUUUUAACCCCUGAAUCUCAAACUGAUGAAAAUAUUUAACAAAGACCAAUUGAAACAAAUGAUUUUUAGCCCAAAAUGAGUAAAAUACAACCAUAAAAAAUUUUAAAUAAAAUCUGAAUGUGCCUUUAUCCAUAUGGAUACAUUUUAGCUUCUGUACAGUGUAAAUUAUCUAGCAAUCUUUCUGCUACUUUGUCUCACUCCAGGCAAGCAACCGGUAGCCAUACACAUUAGAUACACAUUGGCAAAAUUUUGGUGGGACCACCUGAACAAGAUACACGUAAAAAUGUUUGCCCACUGUUUGUUCUGCAUGUCUGGGGGAGAAAAAAUGAUCAGGCAUGUAGAAUUGCAACGUGCUCAUUCCUUCCUUUUCAAGGGAGAUAAGCCGCCACCUGAGGUGUCUGAUGGAGGCUUACUCCCCUUUCCUCAUUGAAAACACAUGCAUGCUCAGUAGUGAUAAGCAAAUUAAUUUGCAUGAAUUGAAUUUGUUCAAAAUCAGCCUCAUUGUGCAGCGACACGCUGGCCCUGAUGCUCAAGUGACUCCCCGUGGAUCGGAAGUGCCAGACAUCUCGCUUAGCCCUGUCAAUCCAGCGCCUGUGCCGUUGCUCCAUGUAGAGGCGCAAUCGCAGAGGUGAUGAUCAGCACUAGAGCAGGGAUCAGCAACCUCUGGCACACCAGCUGUUCUUCCAACUCCCAGAAUCCUCUUUUCACUUCUAUGGGACUUACAAGAACAGCCAAGAAAGUGUGCAUGCUGAGAGUUGUAGUUUCCCAGCACCUUGAGUGCAGAAAGUUGCUGAUCCCUGCACUAGAGCCUCUGCACUUGUGCUGCUACUCGGAGUAAGAUUGACAGGACCAAGCAAGAUGUCUGCCCCUGUCAAUCCAGCCCCUCGAAGCCGAUAUUUGAACAGAUUUGAUUCAUUCAUCUCUAAUGCUUAGCAAAACAUGCAGGUAUAUGGGGAGUUGAUUAGGACUAGUUGUCUCGUUCAGCCGAUGGCUGGUCAAAGUGUAUGGCCACCUGUAGUGCAGGCAUUCAGACAUAUUUCAGUAAUAAACUGCCUCCCAAGAGGUUUGUUAUCAUAGGGUUUCAUUGGCAUGUUUAUAGACGGGGACGUUUAUUACAACUCGUGCGUUCCGGAAACUGGUUUAAUUGGGAAGUGCAACGCAUUAGUACAUGUACACAACGCAACAAUUCAUUUCAACAGAGGGUGGCUGAGCACGUGCGGCCGACUCUCCACUGCAACCAGAUUGGGCUGAUAUCUGGCGAAAGCAAAAUGUUAUAACGUCACGUGCAGUUUGGAAUACAUGCUAGCUUUAUGAGGGGAGAGCACAAACAUACUACUAUUACAGAUGGCACCAGUCGAGGGAGAGUAAAGCAAUAUUCAUCUCUGAGUCGCAUAAAACCAGAUAUACAGUAUGGUUAUCUGGAAGUCUCUAUAUGGCUUAAUUAGAUCUGUACCGGAUUGCCAGGGGCCACGUACAGGAUGAACCACGGCUGCGAUGUUGAUAUGUGGGAAGGGAGCUCAGGGAAAAGAAGUAAACUACACAAAAAUAACACUUCAUUCCAGGCAACCCCUUUAACAUGUCUGCAGCCAGCUAUAGCCAUAUGUCUCUGAUUGUUAUGAUUUGCCUGUGUAGUUCCUUGUAUAUUACAGAAGUCCAGUUCUUGGAUAUCCCUGAUUUUAGUCACUGACAUAUGUUUUUUUUUGUUUGUUUUUAGUGUUUUUUUAUGUUUUUGGUUUAAACUGUUACAAUCACUAUGAACCAUAUUUGGAGGGGUUGCUAUUGGACAUGCUAUAAUGUUACAUUGUGUAUGAACAGGGUCAUCCAUUCAAUAUUUUUUCAUUAAAUGUAACACUUGUUUACAUAUUAAAAAAAGACAAGCAAACUUGAA